AUGGAGGAGGCGCCAACAAAGACGACCGUUGCGGUCAUCGGCCUUGGGGGCAUGGGUAUCGCAGCAGUCAAGAACCUUGUUGAAGAGGGCUUCCAAGUUACCGGCUUUGAGAGGAACGCGUACUGCGGCGGCCUGUGGCACUUUACCGAGGACAAGACCACUUUGAGCAUCCUAGAAUGUAAGCUGAUGUGCUAUACCGACUUCCCAUUUCCCAAAGACACACCGACACACUGCUCCGCGAAGGAUGUUGAAAAGUACAUAGAGUCGUACGUGGAGCGGUUUCAGCUCGCGCCGCAUUUCAGACUCAAUACCUCGGUCACGCAUAUUUCCGAGAACGAAGAGACAGGCCGGUGGAAAGUCGACAUUGACGGCGCCCCGUCGGAGUACUUCGACAAGGUUGUCAUGGCGACUGGUCCGCAUGUUAAGCCGACCACCUUUCACCUGGAUGGCCAGGAGUUGUUCGCUGGCGAGGUGAUGCACUCACAGCAGUUCAAAAGAGCAUCUGACUAUGCUGGUAAACGAGUUAUCGUCUCAGGGUUGGGCAAUACUAGCGCCGACAUCGCAAAUGAGCUUGUGGGAGUCGCAUCUGAGGUCUACCUGUCGCACAGCAGAGGGGCACAUGUGCUGCCUCGCGACCUCAAGGGCGUGCCCGCGACCAGCGUGCUCACGCACCGCCUCAUCCGUCUACAAAGCACCAUCGACUGGCUCCUCCCCGGCCUGCGCGACGUCAUCAGUGGGCGCGUCCUCCGGGGCAUCACGCGAGCCGUCUUCGGCGACCUGGACCCCGCGUGGCGCCUCGACGACGCGCCGCCCGCCACCGUCACCAACCCCAUCAUCAACGACUUGCUGAUCCCCAACCUACGCGCCGGCCGGCUCGCCUCCGUCGCCGGCAUCCUGCGCAUCACCUCCGCCGACACGGUCGAGCUCACUGACGGCAGCACCGUCCGCGCCGACAUCAUCGUCUGCUGCGUCGGCUACGAGAACAGCUACUGCCACGUGCUGGACUCCCGUAUCGACCCUACGCGGUACGCUGACCCUGCCUGGGACGCCGCUCCCGGCGCCCGCGGCCGGCCCCUGCCGCGGCUCUACCGCAACGUCUUCUCCCUGGACCGCCCGGACACGCUCGCCUUCGUCGGCUGCGCGUGGUUCGCCACCGGCGCGCUCACCGUGGCCGACCUGACCAGCAUGUGCAUCGCGCAGGUGUGGCGCGGCCGGUCGCGGCUACCGCCGGCGCGCGAGAUGGAGCGCUGGAUGGACGCGCAGGCCGCGUACGUGGCCGGGCUGGCGCGCCGCGCGACCAUCGUCCCGGCGACGGUGGACAUGCGCGCCUGGCUAGCGUGGGCGGACGAGACGGCGGGCUUGGGGGUGGAGAGGCGUGUCGGGAGGUGGUUCGGGAGCGCGUGCUGGGCGUUUUGGUGGCGCGAGCAUCGGCUUUAUAACAUGAUUGAUAGGGGAGUCUUGACGUCGGCGGUUUGGCGGCUGUUUGAGGAGGGGAAGAGGAAGGCGUGGGAUGGCGCGAGGGCGGAGGUCGAGAGGUUGAACGAGAAGCACGAAGCCAACUUGGCGCGGUACAGGGAGAGACAAGCAAAAAGUUGA